AUUAUUGUCAAACAUCAAGACAGAUCAAGAAAAAGUUCAUCUCCACCACCCACUUUAAGAGCUAGAAUAUGGACAACAGAAGAUUAAACAAGCUCUACCAAACAGGCGUAGUGAUCAAGCAAAUAGUGAAGAGAUGUUCCAGCCUAGGCAAAAAACAUCAUGGCUACAACAACGACGAUGAGCUCCCUCUUGACGUACCAAAAGGACACUUCGUCGUCUACGUCGGAGAGAACCGGAGUAGGUACAUUGUUCCCAUCUCCUUCUUGGCCCGGCCCGAGUUCCAGCGCCUUCUUCACCGGGCCGAGGAGGUUUUCGGGUUUGACCACGACAUGGGCGGCCUCACCAUCCCCUGCGACGAAGACGUGUUCCAAUCGCUGACGUCCAUGCUCCGAUAAAGUGCAGCAGUAGUUUUCUGAUCCGACGGCCGGAGAUGUUGAUGGAGCUGCGAUGUGAGGAUGGUGAUUAUCCUAUCCUAUCCGAUCCGAUCCGAUCCUCAUCAUAAUAUAAUCCAGGCAGGAAAUUAAAUAGCUAGCUCUGAUAUAUAGAUUAUUACGAGUAUAAUUUUUUUGUUACUAACUGGAGCUGGGUUUUCAUCCUCUCUCGAAGAAAUAAAGAAAAAGAAAAGAAAAAGAAACCUGCCGAGUAUUUCGCAAGUUGUAAAUUUGAACGUAUUUAAUUUCCCCUAAUUUUGAUCAUACAAUUAAUUGAUUAAUUAUAUUGCACAAUUUGUACCUGUGGAAAACUAUAGUACGUA